GCAUCCCAAAUCAUACCAAACUUUCAUUAUCAAAAAACCCAACUUUCAUCCAUCACUUCCAUUUUUCUUACUAAAUAAAAGCACAUAUAAAUAUAAUGUAAUUUUUUCAACCCAUUCAUGAUCAAAUCUAAUAUUACUAUAUUUACUCACUUGGGUUUUCAAUUUUAGCUCAAAAAGAUCAUUUUUUUUUCAUUGUCACAUUUUCUAUUUUGAAGUUAACCAUGGACAGCGAGUUUUUCAUCAAUGCUGGGCUACAAUUCGAACCUUCGGCCCAACCGCCGUGGAAGCUCAUGGCAUUGAUGCCGGAGAUGAAUUUUCCGGCGGGUCAACCUUCUGGUGACUUGAUUACGCAACCCAAUUGGGAGAAAUCAGAUCAGUAUUCACAAUUUGAAUCUGCUCUGUCUUCAAUGGUGACCUCCCCUGUUUCCCCUGUUUCAAAUAUCCCAAUUAUGGACCAUUUUGUGAAGGAAAACUUGCCCCGAAUGCGAAAUUCAUUGCCAUUGAGUCCUAACUUGCCGUUAAUUGCAUCUGAUCCUGGUUUCGCCGAACGGGCUGCAAAGUUUUCGUGUUUUGGUAGUCAUAGUUUUAAUGGUAGAAGUAAUGAAAUGGGCUUGAAUUCAAACAAAACAGAGUUGCCAUUAGGAAAUAGUAUUUCACCCGUGACACGAAAAUUCCCUCGUGUUUCGAGUAGCCCAGCAUUAAAAAUCGAUAGAUCUCCUGUUAGAUUUGAAGAAACCAAGAAUUUAGAAGAAAAUAAUAUGAAAUUGAGUAGAUUAUCAAACUCUGCUGCAAAUUCUAAUGAAGAAUCCUCUGUUUCUGAGCAAGUUCCAAGUGGUGAACUUGGAUUCAAGAAUGUUAAAGAUUCGAAUUCUAGGAAACGAAAAGGUGCUUCUUUGAAAGGAAUUGGCUCAAUCACAAAAAAGGAGGAACAAGCAAUUGAUGAUUCGAGUUCGAAAAGAUUGAAGAAAACUGAGGAAGAAAAUGGUGGUAAAAAGGAAGAAAAUACAAAAUUACCUGAGCCACCAAAAGAUUAUAUACAUGUUAGAGCAAGAAGAGGCCAAGCAACUGAUAGCCAUAGUUUAGCAGAAAGAGUUAGAAGAGAAAAAAUUAGUGAAAGAAUGAAGCUUCUUCAAAACCUCGUACCAAAUUGUGACAAGGUUACUGGAAAAGCAGUUAUGCUCGAUGAAAUUAUCAAUUACGUGCAAUCGUUGCAAAGACAAGUUGAGUUUCUUUCGAUGAAAUUGGCUACUGUGAAUCCAAGUCUUGAUUUUGACAGCAACGAACUACUCUCGCAGAAAGCUAAUCAAUCAACUGGGAAUUUAUCUCAACAAACACCAAAUUAUUACCAACAUAACCCGCAAGUAAACUUCAACGGGUCUGCCCCAAUGGGCCAACCCGUUCAAGAAUUUGCACAACCUUUUCCUCAGUUUCCGGGAUUUGGCCAAGAUGAUCUCCAAAGCAUCGUACGAAUGGGUUUUGGAGGAAAUCUUGAUCUUGAUACGUCUUUUUUUCAAACGACUCCUGAUCAGCCAGCAUCUAAUAUGAAAAUCGAGCUUUAACAUCAACUAUUAAAGAUUGUGUUUGUAUAUACGAAAGAGAUCAUCUACGCACGGUUCACACUUAAAGAAAAAUGAGCCCUUAUUAUAUCGCUAAUCGAUCCAUUUUUAGGACUAAUUGAAGCAAUAUUCUUCCUAAUAAUUCUAGUAUAUUGUUUUGUAUCUUUCGUAUGUUAAUUUCUUAUAUAAUUCUUAUAUGUGUUUGUAGUAUGUCUAAAUUGUAUGUUUAUCACACCCAUUUGUAAAAUAUAUAUUUUGUUAAUAGAGAGAA